AUGACCUAUCACGUUAUUAUUUUCACAAAAGAAAAUUCAGUGGAAGCUGUUCCAUCACACUGGUUGUCAAGAGAUGGAAAAACAUGUGCUUGGCCCAAAAGGCAUUUAGAUACAACUAGGCAAAUUGAAAAAAAAACACAACCUAAUACACUUGAUUACACCUGGUUUGAAAUUCGUGUAUUAUCCAACUCUAUUUCGAGUUUAAAAGAAGCUAAAGAAAAAGCUAAAAUAGCAACUUUUACGUCUGACUUAUCUUCACUGGAAGAAGAUAAAAAAACACGGAACAUUCGACGUAAAAAAAUUGAUGAUGAUGAUGAUGAUGACGACGAUCGUGACUUCUCAUAUUCAAAAAUUAAAACUAAAAAACAUUUUAAAACAAAACAAGACAAAAUUCUAAGCCCACCAAAGUUUAUUGAAACAGGUAUUGCAGGAGAUAGUAAUGAUUCAGAUUCUGGUUCUGAUAAUAUAUUGUUUUCAAACUUUAAAAGAUCAUCCGUUGCAAAAAACAGAGCUUCAGUAUCCACAACUGCUUCCUUAACCUCACCAUCUUUAAAAUGGAACGUUGACGAUAUUGGCUUACUAAAUUCAAACAAGAUUAUAAAAAAAAAAGAUGGCAUAGAUAAUAUGAAUGGAAAUUUAAAAAAUGACUGCCCAAAAAAGUUAAAUGUUGAAGAUAAACAUUUGAACAAUUCAAUAACUCAUUUUAGUACGCCAUCAUCGUCUGUAUCAAUAUCAAAUAAUUCAACAGUUCAAACUGAAAUGCUUUGUAUUUUGAAAAACUUAACACGUACUUUGACAAAUUUGAAGUAUGAAGUGAGAACUAUGUCAACUAAAAUUGAACGAUUGGAAAAUGUUAUAACUGAUCAGCAAAAAAACCAGAACAACUCAUCUACAAAAAAUAAUUAUUAUCCUGUUGAUGAAAAUAUUUACAAAUUCCCAUUGACCAGCCUUGAUGAAUUAACCGUAUUUGAAGAAAAAAUAAUGGACAAAGAUUUUCGACAAAAAAUGAUAACAUUUUUAGUUCGGCUAGAACGUACAACAGUUUCGGAUAUGACCCGUCAAAUUAUGUCUAAAUUGUUUCACAAUAAUUUGCUGAGCAAAUUCUCAUAUAGCGGACAAAAAAAGAAGAUGAUUUUCUCUUCUCUUAACUCUUGUGCUCUUAUAUUUGAAACCAUAAGAACUGUAAAAAGUCAUCAAAAUUGUAUUGAUCAAGAGAUAUUAAAACCUAUGAAAUUUUUUAUGGCUAAUGCCAAGUUCCGAGAAGAGAAAAAGCUAAGCAAAAAUAUUAAUAUAAUUUCUUAA